GACGCAGACUCGAAAAAUACAGCAGCAGCAGCAGGCAUCGUCAGGGUCGGGAUCUGAACCCACGACCUCCUUCCUGCACACCGGACGAGGAAGAUGACAUCACCCCCGCCGUGACACGCAAGAACCCCGGUCACGAGCCGUCGCUCGAAGCAGCAGACCGCCUUCAGCUCGCUCCCGUGUACACGCAAAGGCGACGGGCUCGGAAGGAUCGUGCAGGGGCGGCGGGCCGCGUGGGUGGAAACCUUUUCCGACAGCGAUGGCGCAGUCGCGUCCCGAGAAGGAGGAGGAGGAGGAGCUGAUGCUCCGUGCCCUCGAGACGGAGCGCAAGGUCGUUGUCAAAGUGACCAACGCCUCCAGACGCACGCUCUCCGAGCCGCGGGUCUUCAUGAAGUCAGGAUACUGCCAGUUUAAAUCUGACGAAUCAAUAAAGCCAAAUAAGCAUGCGCUGUACGGAUUCCGAAAGAUGACGGUGGACAUCAAAGGCUGCCAUGGCAUCCUGGGCCUUCGCUUCCAGGGGACCGAUGAAUACUUUGUGCUGCUCUUCAAAAACCCGUACUUGCACAAGCGCAAAUUGUUCUCCCUCUCCAUGGAGAACCACCCUGGCGUUUGUGACAUCGACCUACGGAAGCUACAAGAAAUGAGCAGGGAAGAGGUGAGGGUAGAUGGAAGGUUCGCGUUCUCGUACGCGGGCUCCAAUUGUUUGACCGUGAGGAGCAGAGUGCUGCAGGUUCAAGUGAACGCAGCGAUGUCUGCAUCUGACGAGUCCGUUGUGCGCGUGACGGUGACGGAUGAAGGAACGGGCGAAGGCACGGACGAAGGCACUGGCGAAAGCACUGGCGAAAGCACGGGCAAGCCGGUCGCAAAAAAAUUAAACGUCAAUAAUUUGAUUGCUAAAUUUAAAAAAAAGCAACUUAGGUAACUGAGCAAAGUGAAAGUGGGCUCUCGUUCAGCGCAGAUUUUCUGUGAUAACGCCUAAUAAGUACUAACGUCAAGCAUUCUGGAUAAUUAAGAAAAUGUAUCCACCUCUGCGUGUGUGGGCGCACAGCCCUUUGUUAAUCCGUUUCUGGAGGACGGCCUUCCCAUUCUGUUGUCAUGCGUGGUCGUUUGACCGCACUUCUCCACGGUCAAUGGGCCUAGGCUCAGGAUCGGUUCAGAUAAUGACGACUGAUGUCAUCCAUGGCUGGGAAUCGAACUUAAUUGGGAAGAUUCGUAGAGCAGCACGCUAGCCCUUCAUUCUACAGCUGCACAUGCAAAUAACAUAAUUAGUCUUUUGCCAUGUUGGCGUUCUAGACAGCACAACAGAUACCUCUGGUGCUCCAGCAUUCCAACAGCAACAAAUAUCUACCUUUCUCUAUCUUUAUCAAGGGUGCCUCUGCGGAUGUGUAUGCUUUAACUUUUAACAUAGCUAUUUCUGUGACC